GGAAGUUGGAGGGGGCCUUGCAGAAAAGUCAAUUGCUCACCCGCGUGCAGAGGCACUUUUUCUCACCCAAAGGACACUUGACCCUCUACAACGCUGUUCCGAUCAGCAACGGACCAUUAAGUCAUCCUCACGACAUUGCCUGGACCAUGGCAAGCGGCUUGCACCUCCGUCUUGAGACCCUCAGGUGGCCUGUAGUGGCCACCUCGGUUGGCACAAGUCUCCUCGCUGCCUUUGCCGCGUGGUGCUACCACGACUACCAGGAGUACCUAGCGCUCGGACCCGGCGGGCCCCCUUACAGCCUUCGCGGAUGGGCUUGGAUUACCUUUGGUAUUCGCCCUUUUGCCCUCAGCAAGUCUGGUGCCACCCUCGUGGCCGACUAUCCCAAUAGCGGCGCACACGACGACAUCUGCCAGCUGCCAAAGCGUCAAGGUGAUCGAGCGCUACUGGGAGGCAUCGCCCCGCACCGCCAACUGUCGCAGAGGGCACCUCGAAACAUGGAAGUUUACUUAACCAACCUACUCAACAAUGCUGCAAAGCAAUACCCCGACUCUCUCAAGAUUAAGAAAUCGCUCUACGAGCGUCACCACGACGCCCUCUUCGUGGCGCCGAGCCUCCUACAACAACAGGCCUGGCCGCCCAGCAGCACUGAUGAGGCCUGUUGCGCACCUCCCGAAUGUGCACACAUUGCCCGUGGCGAGAUCGGUCACGUUCACCCGGACCUGUCGGUACACCUAUAUCUUUCCCCAGCCGACGCGCGCCAAGUCAUCGAGAAGACCUGGGCCGAACGUCACCGGCUCGCGGUGCCCACGACAUCUUGGGUCAAGAACAAGUAUGCGAUUGCGGACACGUACCUCAUGAUCUACGGCCCGCGCGACGAGAGCGAGAUGGAAGUGCUCAGCAUUAUACUGGCCAACAGCAUUCGCUACAUGACAGGCAAGGAGAACGUCGGCCAUAUAGAGUGGAGGAGUGCGUUGUGAUGGGACCGUGUCAACCCGCAAAGUCCAAACUAGACCUUCCAGUAGCAGAGCAUAUAAGAAGUCUUUCAUAGC